GGGCCUGAGAUAGGCUGGCAGGGGCUCGCCCCCCGCUGCCCUCUUCUGCAGGGGCAGCGAGGUGCUGAAUCACCCUGCGGCCGGGCCGCACAGCCACCGCUCUCUCAGAUAAGGGGGUGCUUGAUAAGGAUUGUGCAUUGACUCUGGGAGACUGGAGGCUUGCUGCCGAGUCUAGCCUAGAGAGCUGGUUGAACUUUCUCAGGGGACCAGGCGCUUGAUUGCAUCAAUGCUUACGGGAGCGUUUGGGGUUUGGAGUCGGUGAUACCUUACCCAUUUUAUAGCUAACUCACAGGAGUCUCAGAGGGCAAACAGUGUUUCGAGGCCAUUUCUAGCAUGUGGCAGAAGCAAGAUUUCUCCGUUGUUCUGUUACGCGACGUGGUGGCCACUCGGUUGGGCCUCUUUCCUAGUCCAUGUGUCGAUGACUGAGGAGAUAAACAGCAACAACGUACUGAGAUGAUGUAACGACGUGAAAGUCUUAGAAGGACUCGGUGUUUUCCCAGUGUUGUCCACCCUCUUAUAGAUUCAGUGGUAGAGCCGGAAGUACACUCGGUUAAAUCUUCCCGGUAAACCUGGUGCACCACCAUGCUGGCCGCAAGACUUGUGUGUCUCCGGACACUACCUUCCAGGGUUUUCCAACCAGCUUUCACCAAGGCCUUGCCUGUUGUGAAGAGUUCCAUCACGAAGCAUCAAUGGCUCUUAACACCCAGCAGGGAAUAUGCCACCAAGACGAGAGUUGGGAUCCGGCGUGGGAAAACUGUCCAAGAACUUAAGGAGGCAGCAGUGGAACCAUCAAUGGAAAAAAUAUUCAAAAUUGAUCAGAUGGGAAGAUGGUUUAUUGCUGGAGGGGCUGCUGUUGGUCUUGGAGCAUUGUGCUACUAUGGCUUGGGAAUGUCUAACGAGAUUGGAGCUAUUGAAAAGGCUGUAAUUUGGCCUCAGUAUGUGAAGGAUAGAAUUCAUUCUACCUAUAUGUACUUAGCAGGAAGUAUUGGUUUAACAGCUUUGUCCGCCCUGGCAGUGAGCAGAACUCCUGUGCUUAUGAACUUCAUGAUGAGAGGCUCUUGGGUGACAAUUGGUGCAACCUUUGCAGCCAUGAUUGGAGCUGGAAUGCUGGUACAGUCAAUACCAUAUGACCAGAACCCAGGCCCAAAGCAUCUUGCUUGGUUACUACAUUCUGGUGUAAUGGGUGCAGUGGUGGCUCCACUGACAAUAUUAGGGGGGCCUCUUCUCAUCAGAGCUGCAUGGUACACAGCAGGCAUCGUGGGAGGCCUCUCCACUGUGGCCAUGUGCGCACCUAGUGAGAAGUUUCUGAACAUGGGAGCGCCCCUGGGAGUGGGCCUGGGUGUCGUCUUUGUGUCAUCACUGGGAUCUAUGUUUCUUCCACCCACCACUGUGGCUGGUGCCACUCUGUACUCCGUGGCAAUUUAUGGUGGAUUAGUUCUUUUCAGCAUGUUUCUUCUGUAUGAUACACAGAAAGUAAUCAAGCGUGCAGAAAUAGUGCCACCAUAUGGAGUCCAAAAAUAUGAUCCCAUCAAUUCGAUGCUGGGAAUUUACAUGGAUACGUUAAAUAUAUUUAUGCGAGUUGCCAGUAUUCUAGCAACUGGAAGCAACAGAAAGAAGUGAAGCAACUCAGCUUCUGACCUCUCCAGUACCUCGGAUAUCUUGUUUGUUUAAUAGGGGCAGGUGUUCACGGAAUAGUUUGUAUAAGCAGCUUUCACUGAUGUGUAGAAGAUAAGACUUGUCAGCAGGUUUCAGAUGUUUGGUGAUUUGAUGCUUCAGGUCUGCUUUCUCUUCUAAAGAAUAAAUUCAGUUGUUCUCUUCCAAAUAA